AUGGCCGCCAGAUGGUUUGUUCGUGUUCCCUGUUGCAUACGUCAGUGAACAUACGCGUGGCUUUGAGGCAGUUUCGUAAGUUUGAGAUGACCCACAUCAGAAUUCGGUGUUUAAUUUCUUAAGAUUAUAUUAUGCAGCAUAAUUAACGUUUAGUCGCAUAAUUAAGGAUAGUUUGAAUGAAAUAAAGCGAGAACAGAAGAGUCUAAUGACUGUUUCGUCUAAGGAUGAUGCAUCUACAACAUGACAUUGCCUGUUGCAUUUCAGUUUUAUUUGUUUUAAGUGCUGCCAAAGCGAGUCUUCAGGACUACUUGAAAAUUCAGCAAAAAGCUUUACCUUUGCCUGAUCAAAAGUUUGGGGUAAAUGAGUACCCUGAAUAUCCUGAUAACGAUGAGAGGGAUAGAGGAUCUUUGGCAUUACAUUGGAAUCAAAUGCCUCUAUUGUAUAAGAAUGGCUAUUUACCCAAAAGUACAAUAAAUUCAGAUAUCUACAAUUCAGAUGCAUUAGACAAAAAUAUAGUAUGGGAUUCCCAUUGGGCAAAUAAUACAAAGUUUGGUCACAUAUCAGCAGUAUCAAUAGACCCAAAUGAAAACAUUGGAAUAUUUCAUAGAGCUGGACGAAUUUGGGACAUUAGUACAUUUGAUAAUGAAAAUAGAUUUGAUAGAAAUAAAGGACCAAUUCGGGAAAACACUAUAAUUCUUCUGGACAAGACUGGAAGAAUAAUAUCAGAAUGGGGUGCAAACAUGUUUUAUUUACCGCAUGGUUUAACAAUAGAUUCUAAUGGAAAUUACUGGGUUACCGAUGUAGCUUUGCACCAGGUAUUUAAAUUUGAUGCUAAGGAUAUAGCAAUGAUGGAAAGUGCAAAGAAGAUAAAGAAAAGGCAAUAUAGUCAAGAAAAAAUGUUUUCUAACGAUGAUGAUGAUGUAGAUAGCAUGUUUCAAGAUUAUGUUCCUAAACCAUCACUGAUUCUUGGAAUACCUUUUGAACCUGGAAAUGAUGACAAACGGUUUUGCAAACCAACAGCAGUGGCUGUACAGAAUGAUAAUGAAUUCUUUGUAAGUGAUGGUUAUUGCAAUUCCAGAAUUAUUAAAUUUAAUGCAAAAGGGGAAAGAAUUUUAAAGUGGGGCCGACAUUGGGGAGAAGGAGGAAGCAUGUAUGAAGAAGUUCCUCCACCAAAUGCAUUUUUUGUACCUCAUGCUUUAGCUCUUGCUACUGACUUAAAAUUGAUUUUUGUUGCUGAUAGAGAAAAUGGACGAAUUUUAUCUUUUUCUACAGUCAAUGGAACAUUCCAUAAAGAAUAUAAAAAUCCUGCUGUCAUCGGUACAAAAAUUUAUAGUGUAGCAUACAAUAAAGAAAAGCUUUACCUGAUCAAUGGUCGUGAUCCAACUCUGAAUUUUAAUGUUCAUAUACGAGGAUUCGUUCUUGAUAUUCAUUCUGGAAAUAUAUUAUCUCAAUUUGGACCAAAAAAUGAUAUGGACAGUCCCCACGAUAUAGCUGUGUCCGAUGAUGGUUCUGAAAUAUAUGUAGUAGAACUGAACAUACACACUGUUUACAGAUUUUUACAAGACAUAAAUUCGUCGACACAAAGUGGAAAUUCAGUGACACGCAUAAACCCUCGUCAUGAACUAGCACCAUUAACGGAUACUAACUCUGAUAAUUUUUCCUCUGGAGGGUGUUUGUUAAUAAUGCGCAAACGAAUGCACUGGGAAGCCGAGAGGCGAGAAAACUUUAAACUGUCGGGUCUGUUGGAAAACAGAAGAGGCAAAAGCUUCAAGAUAUUGCAGAAACGGCCGAACCCGCGAGACUUUAGUAAAUUGAACACGGAACCGGAAACCUCGGAGGAUGAACAUCCAGAAAAUAGUUUUACGAAAAUCAUUUAAUCGUAUCAAUUUUGACAAAUUCAUUUUCGACAUAUUGUCUCUGCAUGUGGAUUCAAAUAUGAAAUGCCAUGACAUUUCGUGAAACACGUUUCAAUUGCGAAUUCAUAACUGUCUUCUGAGAGCACACUUUCACUCGUUUAAUUAAGUAUGCGUUAGUUUAAUUAAGACGUAAUGGUGAAAUAGAUUUAAUUUACUAAAAAAUUAAUAUAAUAGCGGGUACGACUUCGCUGUGCAUUCGUACGUUACCAUCAUUGUAACCGAUCGAAUGUAAUCGACGAUGACUGAAAGUUCCCGCGUUUUACAAAUAUCUACAAUAUCUAUCUAAAUAUCUUAUUUCGAAUAUUAUUUAUUUGUUAUUUUACUUACCUUAUGUUGCAUCCGAUACUGCACGUUUUAGGCACAUUUCUAUCAAUAUUUCUGUGAAUAAAGAUAUUAUAAUCCUUCCCUUACAUCCGACACUGAGAGACAAGUUAUACCGCGUUACAUAUAUGUGGGUGUUCUGUGUGUUGGCAGCAAAUUUAAAAUUAAAAAUGCUUUCGCGCUUCUGUUAAGUAAAUAGAUUCGACAGUUGCUUUUUACGACUACGGUGCAAUUAGAUACUUUAAAAAACUGCCGAUAUUUUAAAUGUUGUUUUUCGUGACUGAAUUAGUUUUGUAAUUUUAAAAACUAGUUUUCAAUAGAGUUUCUGUGAAGAUAACUGGUAAAGUGCAACUGUUUAAAAGAUUGAAUUAUUUUAUCACUUCAAACAUUGUAACAAAUUAUUUAUCCUGAAUAACGUUAAAGUUUAUGUAAAAUAAUAGGCGAUAGAGAAUAUUCUAUUUGUUGAAAAUACUAAUUAUAAAAAACUUACUGUAUAUUCCAUAUUUAAAGGAAUUAAUCAUAAGAAUAUUUACUUAAAAAUACUGUAACUUACCUGAUAAUAAUGGCCUUGCAAAUGAUAUUUAAAAAGCGACCAAAUUCUUGUUGUAUGUACUAAGGUACAUCAUGUAACUAUCUGCCGUAAAGCAUUAACAUAUCCUUUUAGAAAUACUGAAAGCAUAACUGCAGUAACUGUAUCUUUGAUUGUCUUUGUCUUGUAGUCUCUUGUUUGCACUCAUACAAAUGUGUUCAAUGAAAGAGUAUUUUCCUAGUACCUGAUCUAGCGAGCUGAACAUUCAUCUUUACUAUUUUACUUCUUCUUCAAAUAUUGAUUGAACGUUCGAUUAACAUUGUUUUAUUUCUACGCGCUACGGAUACUAUGCAUAAUACUAUAAACAUGUACUCUUCAAUAUGCAAAUGUAUAUUUUCAAAU